UUACUCCCAGUGCCGCGGUUGUUAUUGCUACGGAAGAAAACGUCAGAUCGCCCUGCAGGCUCGUGACAGAAGGCGGCUCGAGUGUGACCCGGCUACCCCCGGACUGGCGGCUGACGUUAACCGAGUUUAAGUGAAGUGAAAGACAUGUACAGCGGAGGGACAGCUCGUUAGCUGACUGUACUGUUUGUAGUCACCCAAACCGCCUGCUUAUUCCUCCUUCUGCACUGAGCAUCCGCUCCAAGUGGUUGCUACUGUCAGCUAGCUUUAGUUUGAUCUGUCAUCAUGUCGAAGUACACCAGCUUCCCGGAGCCGCUGGAAGACAACCCAUUCCAGGACCCUGCGGUCACUCAACACAGCAGCAACACAGGAUACGCUACGCUGGACCUUUACAACCCAUUUGAUAACACGACCAGGCCUCCUCCUCCCUAUGAAGCCACUGCCCCGCCUGCUCCUCCGGCACAGACUCCCCCCAGCAGAACCACACCAACAGAACCUCGGAACUACGGAUCCUAUAAUAACUCCCAGCCAGUGGUAACUGCUACGACAACUGAGCUCCUGAAGAAGCAGGAAGAGCUUGAGAAGAAAGCCCAAGACCUGGAGAGGAGAGAGAGAGAGCUAGAGUCUCACGGCCUCGGCCCUGGAGCCUCCCGUCAGAACAACUGGCCUCCGCUGCCAUCGUUCUGUCCCGUGGGGCCUUGUUUCUACCAGGACAUCAGUGUGGAGAUCAGCCAGCGCUUCCAGAGGAUUGUCACCUUCAUGUACUACUUCUGGAUGUUCUGCACCGGCACACUGGUGCUUAACCUCUUCUCCUCUCUGGCCAUCUUCUGUGUGGACACGGCAAAUGGUGUUGGCCUGGGUCUUGCUAUCCUCUGGUGCCUCCUCUUCACGCCAUGCUCCUUUGUGUGCUGGUAUCGUCCGGUUUACAAGGCCUUCAGGACCGACAGUUCCUUCAACUUCUUCACCUUCUUCUUUGUGUUCUUCGCACAAGUUGUGGUCUUUGUCAUCAUGACCAUCGGCAUCCCAGGAUGGGGGUUCAGUGGAUGGAUUGUUAGUCUGGCUGCUCUCAAGGCCAGCGUGGGAGUGGGUGUGAUCAUGAUGAUCACUGCAAUCCUCUUCACCGCCCAACUUGCUAUUGGGGUUUUCAUGCUGAAAAAGGUCCACAGUCUCUACAGGCAGACUGACGCCAGCUUCCAGAAGGCCCAGGCUGAGUUUGCCACAGGUGUCAUGUCCAACCAGGCAGUUCGCCAGGCUGCUGCCAAUGCUGCUGCCAACGCUGCCCAGGGCGCCUUCACCGCUCCCCGAUAAGAGCCAGGGUGGGUGAGAAGGAGAGCGGUGGGAGGAGUUUCUGCCUGGGUGAAGAUUUACGUUUUUCAUCCUGGCAGGUGACUGGAAUAUUUUCAUUCCCGCCUCUGCUUGAUACCAAGUGCAUGAGCGACACAGGGGUUCAAAGUGUGCAGAGGAAGCAGUGCCAAAUGAGGAGUCGUGUAAGGGAUGUAAAUGUGGUUUGUAAUCGAGACACUGUAAUAAUAAAAAAAAAUGACAGUAUACAAAAGGACAUAAUUAUGGUGAUUUUGAUAGCAUUUUGCAUACAUGCACGAAGCUCCACGGCUCUGCUUUUUUUUUUUUUUUAAAUCUGUUUUCAUGCUACGCUUCAUCUAAAAAAAAAAAAAAAAACAUGUUGCACAACCACAGAUAGUUUCUGUUUGAUAUUGGGGAAGUCUAUAACAAGGAAAACACAACUGUCAUAUUUGCAGUCUGCUCAUGCCAAAGGGAAUGGGAGCAACUGUUGUCAUUAAAGUGAAGCCUAGACUCCAAAUACCUUCGCCAAUAGUCUUACAUUGCACAUUAUGAUACAUAUAAAGUAUAGGAGCUGAACUUUUGAGUGAUUCAGAAAUGCUCAGGUCUUGUUUAUAUUCAUCCAUUUGCAGACACAUUGGUCAAAUCUCUUCCAUAAACCGCACGAGCAUCUCUACUCAAAUGGUGAGAGCUCACUUGUACAAUAGAUUUCCAUCGUGGAUACAAAAGUAUGAAUGUCUGUUUUCAUUAUUCUUGACGUUUUAACAUUUGAAGGUAGUGGCGUGGCUUUCGCCGAACUUUGUGUUUCCUGUCUGUCUAUAAGACGCUUAACACUGAAAUGAUGCCAUUCAUCAGUUGUUUUGGUUCAACAGCAUUUCUAAUGAGCUAUCGAAGUAACUGUGUUUUUCUGUUAUUUAAAAAUGCCUCGACUUAAAUGCCAAAAUCUCGUUUGUGUUUGUCUUUGUUGGUUCUGUAUAUGGUGAUAAUUACAGUUCACUCGCUUGUUAAAAAAAUAAAAGUCUCAU